AGAAUAAAGUGGCUUCUGGCCCCAUGGCCCACUGAGACUAGUGGUCUUACCGAGCCUCUCCUCUUGCAGCUUCUCCACGAUCUCCUUGCCGACGCCGUUGCCCAUGGUAACGAGGAGGACAUGGCCCUGGCCCUGAAGGCCAUCGGUAACGCGGGCCAGCCCAUCAGCAUCAAGCACAUCGUGAAGCUCCUGCCCUGGCCCAGACCCUCGGCCCCCAACGUCCCCCUCAAGAGCAAGGUGGACGCCAUCAUGGCCCUGCGCAACAUUCUGAAGAAGGACCCGACAAAGAUACAAGUCAUCACGCUGCAUAUCUUCAUGGACCAACGCAACGCCCCGGAGCUGCGGAUGGCUGCCUGCGCGGUGUUCCUCUGCACCAAGCCGCCCCUCAACGCCCUGCUGCUCCUCGCCAACUCCCUGAUGAAGGAGAGCAGCUUGCAGGUGGCCAGCUUUGCCUACACACAGCUCCGAUCGUUAUCCAGGAGUUCACUCCCCUCCCUCUACCCACUGUGA